AUGAUUUUGGCGAACACGCAGAACAAACCGGAAGAAGUCGAGGAACAGGCGGAGGGGAAAGGAUGGUUAGAUGCGAAGUUGGGAUGGAAAGAAAGGGAUGGAGUUGAUGGCCGUUGGGAGUGCAGACGGAUUUCGAGCAAAACGCUGAGACGGGAGCGUCGGUUCAGAAUGUUGAAGACGCAGAUGUAA